GGGUCGACAUAUCCCGGCCAACUACGGAUCAUCAAUUCGAGGGUGCACGAUUUCGAAUUCUGACCUGCCAGUUUUGGGAAGAUGAAACAAGAUCGAUUCCGUUUGACAGCCAGCGCUGCACAACGUUGCUUGCACGUUGCAACUGCCAAAGUUUGGUUCUAGUGUCAACGAAAAAGGGUAGUCGAUACCCAGCCUCAUGUUAGCUUUGCAGGUCACAAUCUUCGUUGUGCACCGUGUCCUGCCUGCAGUGGCAUAAGUAUCAGAAACCGUUGAAUUGUCACUCUCAUCGAAGAUCGUCCACCCAGCCAGGAGAAACAACUUUGCUAUAAUCGUCCAUUGCCAAUGUCUGCCAAAAACAUUGUCAUUUUUGGAGAAAGUGGCGUCGGGAAAAGCUCCAUCAUCAACCUUCUCGCAGGGCACCAUGUUGCUAGGACCUCUCCGGACACCAAACAUUGUACAUUGCGCUAUGAAGCGUAUGAUGUCACCAUCAAGGGCGCGCCGUAUCGCAUCUAUGAUACUGCCGGGGUCGACGGCAACCGCAUGGAUCCUAGCGGAUUUCUCGACGCUGUCAUCAACGCUGACAAGUUGAUGAAGGAGCUGAGGGUUAACGGUGGAGUCCAUUUGCUGCUGUACUGCAUCAAGGCAGGCAGGAUACCACCGACGUUCGUCACCAACUACAGGCUAUUCUAUGAAUUUUUCUUCGAGGAGAAGAUACCAGUUGCGCUCAUCGUUACCCACCUGGAGAGGGAGGACCCCAUGGAUGAUUGGUACACGCGAAACAAGGGAUCGUUCGACCGUCAUGCGGUCAAGUGUGUUGAUCAUGCUUGUAUCACUGCAGCGGCCAACCUGGAUCCAAAAUACAAGAAGAAGUAUGACGCAUCCAAAAAGGAAGUGAGUGACUUGAUCACACGGAAUAAGGAUACGGUAGUGGACUGGAAUGGAGGAGAUGGGUGGCUUGGCCGGUUUAUUGGAAAGUUGAAGGACCUCUUAACGGGACGUCCAAGCAAGUCAGACGUUCUUGGAGUCCUCACGAAGCGCUGCGGGAUGGAGGAUAGCCUAGCAAAAGAUGUGAUCCACAAACUUCAUAAAUGACGCGAGUUUACUCGUUACGAUA